AUGAGCAGCAUGUCCCCACAGAGACUCCUGCACUUGGCACAGAAGAGCCUGCUGGGUCAUGAGGCCUUGGCCAUCCUUAGUCUGGAACAGCUUCCCAGAGAGAUGUUCCCUGCACUAUUCCUGGAAGCUUUCAACAGGAGGCUCCUGAACAUCCUGAAGGCCAUGGUGAGGGUCUGGCCCUUCCACUUCCUCCCUCUGGGCGCCCUCAUGAAGAGUCCUCAGGUGGACAUCCUGAAUGCUGUGUUGGAUGGGCUCGAUAUGAAGUACACCCAGAAGUCUGACUCCAGGAGAGGGAAGCUGCACGUGCUGGAUUUACGGGAUGUUGGUCUGAAUUUCUGGAAGGUGUGGGCUGAGUGCACAGAUGAUGCCUGCUCUCCUGAGCCCAAGAUGAGGAGACAGCCAGUGGAGCACAAGGGGCCCAAGUCAGCCUUGAAGGUCAUAGCCAACAUCUACCUCCUGGAAGUCAUUCACGAUGCAUUCCUCACCCACCUGCUUCUCUGGGUGAUGGAGAGAGCCAGCCUGGUGCACCUGUGCUGUCACCAGCUGAAGAUCUCGGUGAAGAACAUUCACAGCAUGAGCAAAUUCCUGAAUAUUCUGGAGCUUGGCUGCAUCCAGGAGGUGCAAGUGAACUCUGACUGGCGACUCCCCACCCUGGCCAAGUUUGCUCCCUACCUGGGCCGGAUGGGCAGCCUUCACACAUUGUAUCUCUCCCAUAUCAACGUUCCAUCCCGGAUCACCCCAGAAAACAAGGUGCAGUUCAUCUCCCAGUUUACCUCCCAGCUUACCAAGCUGCCCCACCUUCGAAGCCUUCAUAUGAACUCUAUCAACUUCCUGGCAGACCACCUGGACCAGGUGCUCAGGUGCCUGAAGAGCCCCCUGGAGACUCUCUCUGUAACGGCCUGCCUGCUCUCAGAAGCUGAUAUCUGCUAUCUCUCCCAGUGUCCAAAACUCAGCGAACUCAAACACCUGCACCUGAGUGGUGUCCCACUGACCCACAUCAGCCCCAAGCCCCUCCGAGUUCUGCUGGACAGAGUGGCAGCCACACUCAUGACCCUGAACUUGAUGGGCUGUGAGAUCACUGACUCCCAUCUCAAUGCCAUCCUGCCUGCCCUGAGCCAGUGCUACCAGCUCACCACCUUACGCUUUUUGGGGAACAGAAUCUCCAUGGCCAUGAUGGAGGAGCUGCUGGAGCACACAGGCAACCUCAGUGCUCUGAGACUUGAUCUUUAUCCAGCUCCAUUGGAGAGCUACAACACCUAG